AUUCUCUCAGGUCGCCAUCUCCGCCCACGCUCCCCCCUUUCUGCUGUUCAUCUGCACCUCUCUUUCCCGCCUAAAAAGCUCGCACUCCUUUUGCUGCGGUUGUCGGCUCCGUCCUUCUCCGUUGAAUCCUUCGCCAAAUAGUUCUAAGAAACACACUUGGAGAGCUACUUCUUCACUCCAAUGAACUAUCGCUAUGUUCUCCUCUCUGGCAUCUCCUUGGGCAUCAUCAUUGCGAUCUGUCAUUUUGGACUUCAAUGGAGGGAGACAGGAAAGUUUUUGCACCAAUCCCAGGGAGAGGGAAACAACACAACCACAAUUAUGAAACCAGUGAACACAUAUAAGAGCCACAGAAAAAUUUUAGCCCAUGGAUCUUGCACAAACAAGGAUAUAAGCAUUUCCCAGAGCACAUAUUCGACGACAGGGAUUCCAGAGUAUGUAGUUGAGAUAGUAAACACGUGUUUUUCUGGGUGUGCACCUUCCAACAUUCACCUCCACUGCGACUGGUUUGCCUCGGCAAGAAUAGUGAAUCCGAACGCAUUUAAGAGGCUGGACUACGACGACUGUUUGGUCAAUGAAGGGAAACCUUUGAAGAGCAGCCAAAUGAUCAGAUUCACAUACUCAAACACAUUCAUGUACCCUCUUGCAUUCAAGUCUGCCAAGUUUUGCUGAUUGGUUGACUCCUCAACGCCGGAUGAUUAGAUUUUCGGGUUCCAGGUUUGAGUUGGAGGGGAAUAUAAAUAGAUAUAUAGUUA